AAAAUGGAGCAACAAAUUAGUCUUCUUUUAACCGCGACGGCGGAGCAGAAAGAACUCCUGCGGCAGCAGCAGUUAUUGCAGCAACAACAACAACCAGACACACAAGAACAUGACCAACAGCAACAUGACCAACAGCAGCAACAACAGCAACAAGACCAACAGCAACAACAGCAAGAACAACUACCUGAUAUCAAACCUGUUACAAUUGUUCUACCAGAGAUGGAAAUAGUAAAAAUUAUUCAAAGAGUUAAACCGUUUAAUGCAGAAGGGCCAAGAGACGUGGCAUCCUUUAUAUAUGACAUAGAUAUUAACUUACAAUAUCUAACACCAGCCACAAAGGCUUUUACAAUACAAAAUGUAGUCAGAGGACUAAUACAGGGAAGAGCUCAACAACCAAUUCGAAUGCUAGGACCAUAUGCAACAUGGACAUCAAUGAGAGAAACACUUAUCAAAAACUUCGGACCCCAAGAAAGUUAUAUCAACAUAUACACAAAAGCAAUUUUCAAUCAACUCAACAGAAAAACAAUCUUUAUAAUUAUAACAUUGUUAACUAUGAGUCAAAUAACAAGCAUAAAUGCUGAUAUCCAAAUAGAAAACAUAGAAGAUGAAGGAAUCAUCCUAAUAAAAGAUGGAGACAUACCAAUAAUAAGCGAUUAUUAUCGAAUUUAUCACAGAAUUAAUUUACAAGAAUAUUUAGACACUAUAUAUAACUUAACUUUAUAUAUACACCAAAACGCAGAUAUUAUAUCAGUUAUAGGAAACGACCAAUCCCUUUUUCAUAAAAUUUCGAAAAUUCAAACCAAUAUAAACAUGCUUUUAAGUAUUAAUGAACAUUCUGUAAAGAAUAAUAAAACACUAGUAAAUAACAGAGUUAGAAGAGGACUAAUAAAUCCAAUAGGUUCAAUUUUUAAAUUACUUUACGGAGUAAUGGACAACGAUGAUAGAGAAGAAAUAUUAGAACAUUUAGAUAUCAUAGAUAAAAAUGAUAAAAAAAUUAGUAGAUGCUUACAACCAACAAAUUUCUAUUAA